AAAUUGAUAAGGCAACUGAACAAUCACUUCGCAUCCACACAAACACAAAGCAGCUGCACUAUGUCCCAGUCUUUGCUAGGCUGGGUGUGAGAAGUCUCAAAGAAGUUAUAAAAACUGGACACCAAUAUGGUGGAAUCCUCGAAUUUGGGUAGGACGCUGAACAAUCAGCCUGUUCAGCCCCUACCCACUCAAUCCCCAUCUGGCAUGCGUUGUGGCACAUUGGAGACUCGAGUACGCGGUGCCUGGUAUCGCGUAUUGGUCACUUUGGAGACAGACUAUUUGGCCAUCAGUUUGGAUGAGACUUGUGAGAAUUCAGGCAAUGGUGGUGAUCAGUCCACCACACUAAAUGGGACAUUAGGGAGCAAUCACAGUGGCCAUAAUGGCUCAAUACCCUCCUCGGCCUCCAUGCAAGGCAUGGGUGGUGGCGGUGGCGUGGUUGGCGGUGGUGGUGGAGCAUCCACCAUUACUUCGACCACAACAACAACCAGCAACGAAUUGGAUACUACCGACAAUGGUGAUCACAUGCUGAACAAUAAUACAUUGGACAAUGGCAUGGAUAUGUGCGAUGUACCUGAUCAUGUGGCAAAUCAAAAGAGACAUGUACGCAUUAUUAAGUCUGAAAACAAUGGUCUCGGUAUAUCGAUCAAAGGAGGUCGUGAAAAUCGCAUGCCAAUUCUCAUAUCAAAAAUUUUCCGCGGCAUGGCUGCUGAUCAAGCCAAAGGCCUUUAUGUGGGCGAUGCCAUACUUUCGGUAAAUGGAGAGGAAUUACGAGAGGCAACGCACGAUGAAGCUGUGAGAGCCUUAAAACGUGCCGGAAGAGUUGUAGAUUUGGAAGUGAAAUUUCUACGUGAAGUCACCCCGUAUUUUCGAAAAGCCAGCAUUAUAUCCGAAGUGGGCUGGGAACUGCAGCGAGCCUUUUUGUGUCCACUUGGCCCAGGCGUAUCGGCCUCACCACCUGCUCCCAAAACUACACCGAGAGCUGAUACACGUUACAUACCAUUACAGCUAACGCAUUUGGCAAGAAAUUUGAAAUACAUUGAUCCAGAGAAUCGAUGCCUGGAACUACACUCACCGGACGGGGUACAUUCGUGCAUAUUGCGCGCUGCCGACUCCGCAGAGGCUUUGGUGUGGUUUAAUGCCCUGCACAGUGCCAUGAGUGGCUCAACCCAACGUGCUUUAGUGGAGGCCAAUCGAGCCUUAAUGAAUGUCAUCGGCGAACUCAAACAUAUUGGCUGGCUAAGCAGACGUCUAAGUGGCAGCAGUGGAGCGGGUAGUGCCACAAGUGCUGGUGGCGGGGUUGUCGGUGGCAAUAAUGCCAUGACUGGUACUACGACAAGUGCCGGCAGUGGUGGCGAAGUGCCAAGUGGUCGCUCUAGUUCGGAGAGUUCUGAUGAAAAUGAUAAAUGGCAACCCAUAUUUGUGGCCGUUACAGAACGUGAGCUAAGGAUAUAUGAAAGUGCUCCAUGGUCGGUGGAAGCCUGGGGACGUCCUUUGGAAAGUUUUGCAUUGGCUACAACCAGAUUAGCAGGUGCUGGUAAUAAUUCUUCUUUGAAUGGACAACAGUCAACGGUAUUUUGCAUUAGAUGCGGCACUACGCGUGGUGUUCUGGUCUAUUGGCUACGCUCGGAGACCCAUCGUGAUAUGGCUGCCUGGGCCAGAGCAUUAGUUCAAGGUUCCCAUAAUGCGGUCAACUAUCAGCGUGAAUUCUCGUUUCGUUGCUUGUACCAAGGCAGACAGUGUCAAUUGGUUGUGCAUUUAAACCGUGGCUUUUGCCUCUUUGAGUGUGGCUAUGCGGCCCCAGCUCAGACCAAAACGCAAUUGUGGCAAUUCCCUUUUGAUAAAUUGCGUGGCUCAGCGGAUGAUGGCAAUCGUAUGCUGUUUCUGGAUUUUGGUGAUGAUGGUGAAAUUGAAUUGGAUAUGGAAUGCUGCCCUAAGCCUGUGGUAUUUGUUCUGCACAAUUGCCUCUCGGCCAAAGUUCAUAAUAUCGCCUAAUCACAAACAAUUGCAUCAAAGGAAACUUGAGAAGAUACAAGAAAAACUAAAAGAAUAUAUGCCCAAAAAGAAAAACCAAAAUAUAAAAAAUCCACACUUUUUGUAAUUUCAUACUUAAACAAUAAUUAAUAAAAAAUUAAAGACA